AUGAGCUCCUACUUGAUAAACUCGAAUUAUAUCGAACCCACGUUCCCACCGUGUGAGGAAUACCAGCCGAACGGCUACAUCCCCGCCCCUUCUGACUACUACGAGCGGCAGAAAGAUACGGGUUUCCCCCAUCACGAAGAGACAUCAUACCCACGGUCAAGCUAUCCAGAACCGACUUACGACUAUGGUAAUGUCCAACAAAACAGGCUCGAUGAUUUCACUGAAGGACAUCAUGUACAGUCCCAAUCCGUUCCACAGAAUCAUGGCCCCCGCCUAAAUCACGACACUGUAGCGGCGGCGACCACCAACAAGGACUGCAGUCUAGCUACAGAGGCUUUCCCCAGCACACAGAAGGGCAAAGAGCCAGUGGUGUAUCCCUGGAUGAAGAAAGUCCAUGUAAAUACCGUGACCGCCAGCUUCUCAGGAGGAGUGCCUAAGAGGUCUCGCACCGCCUACACUCGCCAGCAAGCUCUGGAGCUUGAGAAAGAGUUUCACUUCAACCGGUACCUGACCCGUCGUCGGCGCGUGGAGAUCGCACACACUAUGUGUCUUACAGAACGCCAAGUAAAGAUAUGGUUCCAGAAUCGCCGCAUGAAAUGGAAGAAGGACCACAAGCUACCGAACACAAAAAUCCGCUCGGCUGGUGCAGCGUCGUCUGCGACAAACCAACAUGUCAAAACUGCUGUGACCCGGCAACAGCAGGCGUUGCUUCCCACGGCAUGCGGAUCAAACCUAUAG